ACCAUGGAUGAUGAAAGCAUUGGUACUAUCGCCGAAAUGAAAAGCUCGAACACGUCAUCAUCCCAUCAAAUACCGAAGGGCAAUGGAAGUAACCCAUGUAACGGAACCGUGAACGACAUUGAGCUCGACAAAACAUACCGACUCAUCAUCCUAUACCUGACCAUAACAUUCUGUUUAAUUGGAAGUGUGCUGGUAGUCUUAUGGAUAAUAUUAAAACAACGUAUCUCGCGGAAAUUCAAUCACCACUCAAGGGUCAACAAUUUCAUUCUGAAUUUGACUGUUGCGGACAUCUUGGUCAUCUUGCUGGCUGUGGUCCCACAGCUGAUCUGGGAGUACGUGGACAGAGAGUGGCUGGCGGGCGACUUCAUGUGUCGAGCCGUGAAGUUCAUGCAAACUUUCUCCAUGACGGCUAGCAAUUAUAUGCUCGUUGUCAUAGCAAUAGACCGUCAACAAGCUAUAAUUUCCCCUUUAAAAGAGCCGUACUCGGUGUGUAAAAUGGCCGGAUUAGGCUGGGGAACAGCGGUUUUAUUAUCAUUACCAGUGGUUGGCAUUUUUCACACUUCCGAAGAGACCAACGGAUUCGUAAAGUGCGAGAAUAUAUUUCGUGGACGUCCCAAAUUUCAUCGUCAAAUAUGGAUGACGUGGGUUGCGUUUGUGGUUUUCUUUGCGCCGCUUGUUUUGCUGACAGUGUGUUAUACGCGAAUAUUUAUGAAAAUUUCAAGGAAAGCCUUUCAACAUAACAGUGUCAAAUACAUCCCAAGCAAAGGAAAGGUUUGUCUGCAAAGCACCCAUUCGAAUUCAUUAUCCAAGGCUAAAAUCAAGACUUUAAAAAUGACAUGUGUAAUAAUCGCGUCUUUCAUAUUGUGCACGACACCAUACUUCAUUGUCGAAAUGAUAAUGUCCUAUGGAGACCAUUGCACCAUUUCGAAAAAACUGUACGCAAUCCUCGGCGGAAUGGCUGCCUGCAAUUCGGCAACGAAUCCGUUUGUCUUUCUUGCGUUCAACCUGAAAGGAGGGAUGUUCAAAUGCUUUAAACAGUGCAUAAAUAAUUCAAGCCGUGAUGGAACAUUGCAGUCAAGUCACACAGGUUCCACUGGGGCGAAUCCACAGCACUGUGUUUCUCCAGCCAAUACGAGUAAAUACGUUCUGAGAAGGCAUGACUCAGUAAUGAGUCAUGAGGACAUGACGUUAUUAAAGGAAGGAAGCAUCAGAGGAAAUGUGUAAUCCGAAUGUGUCAUGGUUGUGUUUUUGUCCGAGAACGUUCUAUAAUAUGAUGAUUUUUUUAAAAUUUGAAUUGAACUGAGCAAUAUAUACAAUUUUCGAAAUGAACAGUAUUGUACAUGCAUGUUUUUAAAUAGUGUAUUUGAAUUUUAAGGCAAUUUAUCAAGAAAUAUCUAUUACAGCUCAAACAUCAAAGUAAGUGAAGACCUGAAGUAAGCGUUGGUUGAACAAGUGAUACAUUAAUAUUUACCAAUACAUUUUAACAUGACACUAAUUAUAUAUUACAACUCAGUUUUAAUCCCAUGACGUUUUCGGAUUACAUAUUGGUAUGAACGAUCAUGUAUCACGUGCUGCAAGUCAUUGUUUGCAAAUACCAAUUUGUACAUAAUCGUAGCAUGUGUAUAAUAUCCUUUUUGUCUGUUUGUUUUAUAUGUGUAGAGAAAUAUAAAUACAUAUUGGUUUCCGUCUAAUGAACGAGUUCUUUUCACCGGAAUUGUAUACAUGUACCAAAUGGCCAACUUAAACUGCAGGGACAUUAUUGUGUUACGCUUUUCUUCAAUAGAUGCCCGUUUGAGUGUAAAAAACAUCUCGUUUUAAAUGGUUUUAACAGUACAUCUAUUCUAAAACAUUUGCCUAUUCGAAAAAAGGAAGACCCAUCUUUUGCACAUUUAUUAAAUCAUCGUAAAGACAAUUAGGUCAACACACUUCAGUGGUCGUGAAAUGACUUAAAUUCAAAAGCUCUUUCAGUUGUUAAAUAAUCGAUAGACGUGUCAAACGAUUAAAUAUAAAUUAGUCAGUUUUUGUCGUCGGUCAUUACGUUAGGCGCACAAUAUGUCGGUCUGUAACGAGUAUAUUAUAUGUUCCGCAUGUUGGAAGUAUAUCAAAUCACCUGAUAUGCUGUA